GCAGUAAUGCACAGGUUAUUGCCAAACACCAAUAAACACCAUAAGAAGAAGAAGAAGAAGAAGAAAAUAAUUUUUUUUUUGUCCCUAAUUGAAGACUUUCAGGCUGCCCAGCCGUCGACGUCCGUUGUCCACUUGUGUUAAAAACACUUUGCAUUGUUGUUUAAUUUAGCAAAUGAAGCUAUGGUGUAUUUAAACGUGUGGUCUGUAAUUUUGGCUGAACAAGCGCAAUUUGUAUUUAUAGCGUGAGCGCAAAUUCCCCCACGUGUUGCCUGAAAGGAAAAACGCAGGGUUGAAAAUGCUCAUGAAGCUAGGAACAAGCUAAAGUAAUCGGACGGAUAACUAAAAAAAAACAUGAAGUAUAUUUGACAACUUAGAUAAAUUAGUCGACGUGUAACAACAGCACACCCUCAGCCAACAGCACAGAAAAUACUAUUCAAAAAGAAAUGGGUCUUGACCCUGCCUUGCUCAGAGACCAGCUCUUUGAACUAUGGAACCAGAAGGAUCUGCAGAUGCUCAGUUUGGCCGCCUUUCGGGGAUUUUCAAAGCUGUCUGAGCCUCUCGAAGCCUUGCUAACAAUCCUGGAGGGCUGUCCAGGCAAACAGAUGGGUCGGAGCCACACCCUGGGCUAUCACAUUCUCAUGGAAUUCCAGUCAUGGCUAAAGGAAAAUCCUCAGGUAAACCUGAGUUCAGUUUCUGGACAGCAACCGUUGGCGCUACAGCGACGGGCUCUUCAUUUACUAACGGAUAGCCAGCCCAACUUCGUGGAGAGUCUGAUUAACGUGUACGAGCUGAAGUCUGCAGACCGUUCGAUAUUACGUCUGCAGAUUAUCAGGCUGCAGGCUCUCAACUGCUACAAAGAAGCAACAAUGCUCAGCAUAAAGUUGGAGUUACAAAAGGAACUAGACAUAGAGGAGAUGAUUGUACCUCUGAUCUUACAGGACAAGUUGGCAYUAGCAGAGUCCUUUGUCAGAGGCCACAAAGACCUAGAAGAACAACUCGUCACGCUGCUAGACUCUUGGUGUCACCCUGAUUUCAUUGUACAGGACAUAAGGAAACAGUUCCCUCGUCUCUCUCUGUCCAAAAACUACACAGUCCAGAUCCAGCCCAAAAUGCUCACAAAACAUGUGGUACGACUCAUGGAGAAGUUCACAAUUGACCCAAGACUGUGUCCCAAUGCUCUGCAUAAAAGAAGACUGGACUCUCUGCGUUACCUCAUGUAUAAGACAUUUGUGGAUAAAAGCAUGACCGAAGAGAUCUGGACUGAUCAUGUGCAGACUGUAGUGGGAAAUGACUCCCAGCUGCAGCUCCAUUUGGUAGAGAUGUUGGUGAAGUACUGUGAUCUUCAGAAAGCUGCUCAGUGGUCAAUCAGAUACAACAUCCCCAGAAAUCAACUUCCUACAGGAGUAUGGGAAAAGCAGCAGAGUUUACCACCUGAUCUACAACAGAUAAGUUCAACUGAUUUAGCCCAAAAUGAGGAGUGGGUGCCGUCUCAGUCACACUGUCAGAAGUUCUUUCAGGUGCCUCUCACCAAAGACAAGGUUCACUUUGUGGACACGCCUGAAGCUCUCCAUCGAUGUCGAACGGUCAUCCUAAAGGGAGGUGGUGUUGUAGGCGUGGACAUGGAGUGGCAGCCCACAUUUGGAUGUGUAUCAGCUCAAAAAGUAGCUCUGAUACAACUUGCAGUUCAUGACCAAGUUUUCUUAUUAGAUCUGUCCGCUGUGGAAUUCUGUCAACACCCAGACGUAGUUGAUUUAAUCAGGGUCUUGUUCUCUGACCAAAAUAUCCUUAAAUUAGGGUAUGGUAUGGCUGGAGAUCUAAAGUGUCUCACUGCCACCUGGCCUGAGUUAUCAGAGGAGCCACUGAAGAGGAAUGGGAUGCUUGAUCUUCUUAACGUACACCAAAUGAUUCAGCGUAGUAAGGUUAACGUGGCUCAAAAUGGCACUAAAGAAGUAACAGUAGGGGAGGACUGUGCAGAAAAAGGCCUCAGUCUGCUGGUACAACAGGUCCUGGGAAGUCCCUUGGACAAGACAGAGCAGAUGUCCAACUGGGGGAAGCGUCCACUACGCAUUAGCCAAAUUAGAUAUGCAGUGGCAGAUGCCUACUGUUUGCUGGAUGUGUACUCGGUUCUCUCCAGUAACCCUGCGUACUUCGGMCUGCCAGCUGACCUGCGCAGCAUCCCUUCAAACCAAUCGGAGACGACCAAAGACAAGAAGCAGAAGCAGAAACAGGACAAGAAGACAAAACAGACACUCGGCAAAGAGGAAUGUCAGGGGGCUCAAAAGGUCAGUCCCCCUCGUUCUGACACAGAGAAAGGCCUCCUGUGUGGCGAGAUGGCCCCAGAAGAUUUCCCGCCUCUGCCCCCCCAGCAGUUGCGGGUGGUGUGUGACAACAUGCUGCAAGGACUUGGAAGGUAUCUGCGCUGCUUGGGGGUCGAUGUGGUCAUGUUGGAGAAUACGGAUGAUCACAGAGUUGCAGCAAAGUUAGCGCAAUCUGAAGGCCGUGUCAUCCUCACAUGUGGACAGCCAUAUCAAACGUUGCGCUCCCAGGUGGGUGAGGGGCGCUGUCUGUCCUUGAACUGUUCAGAAAAGGCCAAAGACCAGGCUGUUCGAGUCCUCCGACACUUCAACGUCCAGCCUACUCCCAGCGAUAUAUUCAGCCGCUGUCAGGCAUGUAACAGCGAUCAGUACGUGGCGAUCCCUCGAGCAGACAUGGUCAGGAUGCUGAAGGAGAAAGGGUUUUUGCAGGACAGCAGCGAGCAGACACACGAGGAACCCUGCCAACAGGAAGAGCAGCAGCUCGAUGACACGCUGACCCCCGGCGUGACCCCUGACCCCCCCAGGUAUGCCACUCAGUGUCGCUGGGCCUCCCUUUCAGGCCUGGACCGCGACACCCUGACCUUUCCCGGGGGGUCGCCCAUCCAGCUGCACGCCGUGCCCCCCGCCCUGCUGCAGAGGAUAUCGCUGUUCUACGUCUGCACCAGAUGUGGCAAGGUGUUCUGGGAAGGCUCGCACUUUGGCCGCGUGCUCUCCUUGUUUCAGGAGGUUUUGCACGUAACAGAUGAGGACAGGAGCUCAGCUGCAGAGCCGUUCCCUCUGAGCCACUGACGGGUGUGGAGUUGUUACGCUUCACUCUGGAACAGCCACAAACCUUUCAGCAGUCAGAGAAAUUCACUUUAUUUGCACCACCUGUCAAGUUAAAAAGCACAGAAAGGUGUUAGUUUACCAUUUUAGUUCGCAGUGACAAAUUAGAUGGAUCUGUUUCUGUCUAUAUUUAUGUUUUGGAAUAAUAAAUAUGGUCACGUUUAUAAGGGUUUCCUAUUUAGAGAGAGAAACCUGUUUGUCACAGUCCAUCUGCUCAUAAACAGAGAAAGCUGUUAACUCCAGGUCUGAUGUUUGAGAACAGGCAGUUCUUUUUUUUUCUUUUUUUUUACCACAUUCAUAUUUUCAAAUCCUCAACAUGUAAACCAAGAAUUAGCCUCAUCCGGCGUCUUUGUGUAGGUUAACAGCUCUACCUUUAGGUGCUGAGUGUCACUUUCAAACCCUUGUUUUGUUAGCAGAUUCAUUUUGUGGAAAUGAAAUGAGUUUAUAAAAGUUCUAAUUUGUUUAUUUCAGUACAGGAAUCUCAACCAACUGAGCUGCUCACAAAUGUUCAAGUUUGCUUUGGCAGAUGAACCAAAAAUCUCUUUUUUGAUGUUUAAUGGUUUGAAUUGGGCUCUUUUGAAAUUUAUAGUUAAAUCUUAACGAAGUCUUUUUACUUGAAUUGAUUUGAUCUGUGGUCAUAUCAAACAGAUGUUUUUUUAAAGUUAAGAUAUGUAAUUAUAUGUGUUUUUUUUUUUCUUUUCCUGUCGGCACAUUUUAAUGAGUUUCAAUUUUUACCCAAUGUGUUAAUAAACAGACAUUUCAUUGUUGA